GGCCGUCCAAUAGACGGGCCUGUGCUGAAACGAAACGGCACCCACAAAGCCCAGUCCUCGCAUCUGCCCCCAAGGACUGGACAAGGCCUGGCCAGGGCUCCGCAGCCGGUGCUAUUAUGAGAGCGGGAGCGUCCGAUUUUCCUUCUCCUUAUCAGCAUCGGCUUGCCCAUGAGCGGCCUGCAUCUUGGAAUCUGCAUCGUCGACCGCAGCGCCCGCCCUCUCCUCGAUGAAUAUCAGCUGCUAAGCCAGGACCACCACAGAGCGCUCCUUGUCCGAGUAGCGGUCGUCUUCGUUCACUAUCGGUGCCUCAGUGCCCCAGCCACUCAUUUCGACACCCGCCGUCCCGUUGAUGGCAGCCAUUCCCUCCCUCUGCUCCAAGUAGUCGCCCUAUCCUUACGAGCCCGCAUCCACCUGCCGACGUAUCUUGUUAUGGCCUCGCAGCAGCAGCACGAGAUCCGCCUUCGCUCGUCUGCGGCCGGCAGCCCUGUGCCCGAGGCCAGGUCCUCCGCACGCGCCAGGACGGCCACCUUCGCUUCCUCCUCCUCCUCCCCUGGCAUCUCACGAUCGCACAGUGCGUCCAGCACCUCGUCCGCCUUUGACGACUCGGCACGCGCAAUGCCUCCACCGCCUCUCCCCCGGAGCGACUCUUUCACGCGAGGCCGCUCCCGCGCUUCCCCUUCCGUCUCCCGCCACAAGAACCGCCUCUCGCUUACGCUGCCGGUCGCCCUGCCGCUGGGUGACGGCCCAAGGCUGGCCGACUCGCCGGCCAUCAUGACGGCGUCCGCCAUCACCGCAUCGUCGGUCCCUCAGACGCCAUUGGAGACUCCUGCCAGCAUGGCAACCUCUCCUUCGAAUGCAAACGAAUUCAUCAUAGCAAUUGCGGCUCAGGAGCGGCGAGUCUUGGAACUGAAGGAAGAGCUCGCACAGGCCGAGACGGAAUUGGCACGGCUGAAGAAGCAAUGGGCAUCCGAGGAGGUCUACCGCAAGCGGAGCGACAGCUACCGAAGCGAUCCCUUUGGCAGCUCGCAGGCCGGCAUCGACGAUGAUGCAUUGGUAGCGUCACGACGCAGCGUCGAAUUGGACCGCCGGAAGCACAUUCUCCAGGGCCAGACCACUCCGGCACAGGCCCGCCGCAAGGUUAUCCGUGGCGGACAUGCCCGCACGCUCUCCCUGCUCUCUCCCGUACGGACGGAGAGCGUCUUCUCCCUUAACGAAGCCACACAAGCAGAUCCGAUCACGCUCCCAUCCGCGGAACAGAGAAUGGCCCAGCUCACCGACCCAACCCUAUCGAAGCGUUCCUCCUGGCAGCCGCGGUCACAGCAGAGCGUCGCAUCCGUUGUUGGCGUCCCUUCCAUCGUCGAAGACUUUAAGCUAGGAUUCCGCGCCUUCGUGGAGGACAUUCGCCAGAUCACCGUUGGAGACGAACCGGUUACUGGCCAGCCGCAGAGGACCAUGUCGACUGCCAUCGCCAAUGCUCGUGAGCAGGAUACGAGUAAGCCGAACCAUGCCACCAUCCACACUAGGACCAGCAGUAAUGAAGGUUCCAGUACGGCCGCGUCGACCACAUCCCAAGCUAACAGAACCCCCGAGCUGAAGCCAAAGACUGGGACUGGGAGAGGGAAAAACUACUCUUGGACACCGCUUGGUUUCGACUCUGUUGACGACUCUGACUGGCUCAACUGGGAUUCGCCCGUCUCCACCAAGUCUGCCCGCUGGAGUGGUUCUACCGUUAAUAGCAGUGGCAUUGAUGACAUUCCCGAGAAGGAGGACGAGGAGGAUGCCAAACCGGCGAGGAAAGCCGAUGCAUCUAUUCUUUCUCCGGCGCUUGAAGAUUUACUUCCUAGCGUGGUUCAUCAUCUAUCCCCACGGAACCUCAAGAAGACGGCCACCAACCUGAUGGACGAGUGGGAAAAGUCGCUGGUGGCUCCCGAGUCCCGGAACAACAAGGAGACGACCGCCUAGAGCAGGCUCAUUACGCGGCUCCGUUUUUACAUCUUACGACCAUAGUUUGCGACGAGUUGGAUGAGAAAAGAAACAAAGACAUCAAAGAGAUGGUACCGCAAGUUGUUAUAGAGAUUGUCUAGGAAGCAUGCCUGUUUUGACCUUUGAUGGAUUUUUACUUGCCUUUCGCUUUUACUUUUCUUCUCCGCAAAAAGCUGGCAUAUCUGGUCUU